GGGAGGGCGAACUAGUGAGCGGAGAUAUAAGAGUUCGGGUUGUUGGCUGGGGCAGUUGUCGAGAGGUAGGCUAUUGCAAUUGUGUUACAAACCGAAAAAACGAUGAAAUCCGCCGUCGCAGCUGCCGAAACAACGGUAGCAUGGUAGCUUUGGACUGGGGUUUCCAAGACGAGCGCCGAUAUCUACACGUUACUGUAAUUUUAACACCGAAUUACUUAUCCCCCUGAUCGAGUCGGGUAAACCACCGUCCGAGAUGGGGAAGGAGGUUAAUGGUGUUUCGCGGAGCCGGUUUGAGAUGUUCUCAAACAGCGACGAGGCCGUCAUCAAUAAGAAGCUGCCCAAGGAGCUGUUGCUACGAAUCUUCUCCUUUCUGGAUGUGGUGACACUCUGUCGCUGUGCCCAGGUCUCACGGUCGUGGAAUGUGCUCGCCCUGGACGGCAGUAAUUGGCAGAGGAUUGACCUUUUCGACUUUCAGAGAGAUAUUGAGGGGCGAGUGGUGGAGAACAUUUCGAAACGAUGUGGGGGAUUCCUGAGGAAGUUGAGUCUGCGGGGCUGUCUGGGGGUGGGGGACAGCGCUCUGAGAACCUUCUCCCAGAACUGCAGGAAUAUUGAGCUGCUUAGUUUGAAUGGCUGCACCAAGAUUACUGACAGCACAUGUAAUAGCCUCAGUAAGUUCUGUCCCAAGCUCAAGCACUUGGACCUCGCGUCCUGUACCUCAAUCACCAACCUGUCACUCAAAGCACUUAGCGAGGGCUGUCCUCUGUUAGAGCAGCUCAACAUCUCGUGGUGUGACCAGGUGACUAAGGAUGGCAUCCAGGCCUUGGUACGAUGCUGUCCCGGACUCAAAGGCCUUUUCCUCAAGGGCUGCACACAGUUGGAGGAUGAAGCAAUGAAGCACAUUGGUGCACACUGUCCAGAGCUGGUCACUCUCAACUUACAGACGUGUUCGCAGAUCACAGACGAAGGUCUCAUUACUAUAUGCCGGGGCUGUCACCAUCUGCAGUCGCUGUGUGUCUCCGGUUGUGCCAACAUCACAGACGCCAUCCUCCACGCCUUGGGACUGAACUGCCCGCGCCUCAGAAUAUUAGAGGUGGCUCGCUGCUCUCAGCUCACAGAUGUGGGCUUCACUACACUGGCAAGGAAUUGUCAUGAGCUGGAAAAGAUGGACCUGGAAGAGUGUGUGCAGAUCACGGACGGCACACUUAUCCAGUUGUCCAUCCACUGCCCUCGUCUGCAAGUUCUGAGCCUGUCUCACUGUGAGCUGAUUACUGAUGAUGGCAUCAGACAUCUGGGCAGCGGGCCCUGUGCCCACGACCGGCUGGAGGUGAUCGAGCUGGACAACUGCCCCCUGAUCACGGACGCCUCGCUGGAGCACCUGAAGACCUGCCACAGCCUGGACCGCAUCGAGCUCUACGACUGCCAGCAGAUCACCCGCGCAGGCAUUAAGAGACUAAGGACCCAUCUACCUAACAUCAAAGUGCACGCGUAUUUCGCCCCAGUCACCCCACCCCCCUCGGUCGGGGGGAGUCGCCAGAGAUUCUGUCGUUGCUGUAUCCUGCUAUGAUGUGAAGACUGCGCACCCACCCCCCCCCCCCCCCCCCUCAGCCCAAAAUCUGCCCUUCCACCCAACCUGGCUCGGCCUGGUCCGAUCCGGCCUCCAGGUAUACAUGCUGGUGUGUCCCCCCCGAUUGGAGCCGCAGAGAGAGGGAGAGAGCCCAACCACCACAGGGUCUGGGAAGAACCUUCCCCACGACGUUCCCAAACCCACUCACAACAGCCUUUGUCAAACACACAAAUAAACACACACCCACACAUACAUCACCACAGAUGAGCGUCAGUACAUUCCCUGCUGUCCCCAGGCCCAUGUGCUAAAGACCACCCAGCAUUACAGGGAGGAUUACAUAAUAGAACCACUGCUGUUUACAGAUUAGGCUCCUGAUACACUGUAUGGACUACAUGAAACUAGGGCUCACUGGAUACAAGGUUCCCUAUGGACUAGUAUGACCUUUUACUGAAGGAUCAGGAAGAUAGGUUUGGAUCAGAAACUCACAUCCAAUGUGUGUCUGGGUGUUGGGAGGAUAACCAGAAACAUGGCUAGGGCUAUGAGGAUAUUGGUUUGGUAGGAAUGCCCUCAGAAUCUUUAAACGAAUGACAAGCUACCUCUAGACAUAACUGCUCUUUGUUAUCCUCUGGUUCCAGACUGCCCACUCCAAACAUAUAGCUAGGCCAGUUUUUUAUUUUAUUACAAAAGACCGGUUUCCAUUGGCACUUUGAAGUCAACCCAGGUUGGACUGGCCUUGGUGGGCAAGCUGAAAUUGCGUUUCCGCUGCCUCCAAAUAGAAUAAAUGAUGUCAUGUUGCUAGGUAGUCAAUGUGUGACUGCAGCUGGCUUCGCUAAUGUUGCUAACUGGCAAGAUGUUGACGAAGUUAAAGCAUUGUGAGGGUGAAUUUAAAUAACUUUAACCCAUACUCCUGUCAGUGCUAGCCAUACUCGGAGCCAUGUAUUUAGCUUGCUAACUAGCCAAACGGUUAGCGUCGCCAUUCGCAAUUGGCUAGCUAGCUAACCAAGCAAACCAGGCAACCGGUUUAAUAUGAUGCAACUACGACCUGGCCAGCUACAAUUCCUGCUAGCUCACUUUAGCUAGCUACAGUAGCUUGUUUUAACUCUGAAAUGCUAACUGUCAUAAAGGGUUGUGUAGUACAAAUAUAUAUGGAUCCAGCUGUGGUGGUAAUUCGUGUCAUGUCUAACUACUGCAUUACUGCUUGUCCAUGUACACCCAGAUGAGCUAGCUAAACGUUGGCAGCACCCAGCAGUGAUUUUUUUUUUUUUUUUUUGUAUUAUUAUUAUUUUUUGUUUUAACUGCGUUACCAGCCCGACCAGUUGUGAAACUGGGCUGCGCUGGCUCGAAUUUGGGAAUUCCAUUCGAAACAGCUCUAAUUUGGCCCUAAUUUUAAGUGCUAGUGGAAAAGGGUGUCUUUCUGGUGUCUUCUACAGCC